AUGUCACACUAUGCCCUCUUAUAAAAUAAAUAUUACAACAAAAAACCCCGGCGAUCCGUAUCAGUUAUGAUACCGUAUCCAAAUUGCCAAAUAUAUGUGUCCGUAUUUAUUUAUAUUGCAACGAAAACAUUGUGCUUCAUAGUGGAAAAACAUCGUGUGAUGCGUAAUCCCACUCUAACGAGCAUCCCAGAAAAACGGGAGUCAGACGAUGACGUCAUAAAAUGGGUGCCAAAGAAAAAACACGAAGUGCUGAAAGCCAAAUAUAAGUGCUUGAAGAAACUGUUCCAAAUAUACGACGCGAGCGUUAUAGGUUUCCUACCUGAGACCUAUGUAGAACCUAUACCUGAACCUAAAAGACGAAGGAAAAGAUCGCGUAGAACCAAAACGGACGCUGGCGCGGGAACUACUGAAGUUUCCAACGGUGACGUCACUAUUAAAUCUGAAGAUACAUCUAUACCUACAACUGUUAUAAGGGAACUACAGAGUCAAAUAUCUGAAUCUCAUAUAAGCAGAUCUAUUAGCAAAGACGAAUCUACACAAGAUUCAAAAGAAAACGUAUCCGUACAAAGCGAGAGAGAAUCUAGGGGCUCAAGGGAAUCUAGACAUUCAGAAUUCCAAGCUCCCUAUAGAAGCAAGCGGCACAAACCAACACGCUUUCAAUGCUUCCUGCAACGGAUAUUCGGUUUAAAACCAGAGAGAAAUUACCAUUAUAAGAUCCAAAAUCCUAGAACGUAUGCAGCGAGUGACGAUGAUAUUGUUAAUCGCUAUGAAAAGCGACGUCGUCGAGGCUUGCGGUUAAGACGAGGGCGGAGACCAAAGAAAACACAUUCUGAGAUAGCUUUAAGGGAAUCGAAGAGUCCAGUUAUAUUAAAUUAUGUUCAGAGUGUGCAGAGGAAUUGUCUGAUGGACAUUACGCCACGACAGUGUCCUAUUGUUGGAUGUAGGAUGAUGUUUUAUGGAAUAAUAAACUACAACGAUCACCUCAACCUGUGCCACUUCCCUGAACGCCGGCACAUCUGCCACUACUGCCAUGAAGGCUUCGUGCUCGAACAGGACAAGUUUUUACAUGAAAACGAACACUUGGGCAUCUCGAAGCUGAACGCUAAUGUUGUUUCUGUAGCUUCUAAUGAACGGCCUUCAACAAAAAUAGCAAGCAUCACCCAAACAGACCCAGAACUAAAAAUCGACGUCCCAGAAGACAAGCUAAAGAAAAUCGUUUCUUUCUUUGACAAAAUAACUGACCCUGAGCAAAUUAUCAACGGAAUUAAUAAAAAGCAAUAUGCAGAGUCUAGUUUACACACUUCUACAGAUUCUGACGUGAAAUCUGAUAAACAGUCGUGUGUGUCGCAACGGAAGACGUCUGACGCGUCAGAUGUGACGUCACAGUGCGUGUGUGACCCUGUAAGAUGUCAAAUGUGUGGAGAACAGUUUAAGUACCGGCGUCAACUAAGCCUCCACAUAGACGUGGAUCAUCGAAACAACGAGAAAUUCACAAAAUACCACAGCUGUGCCGGCAUUAUCAACAAAGUAGCCAAAAAAACAUCUCUCUAUCAUUCAGAAACAGAGUCCUCUAAAAGCGUUUCCUCAGGAAAGUCGUUGAGUGACGAACCAUCUACUAACAUAGUUUAUUAUACAUCUAUCGAGUCGAUAAAUAAAAAACCGUCGGUUGUCAAUUCGUUGGUGCAAAAAGUGCGUAGUGGUUUUUGUUACAAGUGGGAGCCUGGUACUAAAAUUAUUCGUGUGUAGUGUUUUGUCAAUAAAAUUGUAAAUG